AUAUAAGUAAUGCUUAUUUGGCCAUAGGCAUUAUAUACUGUUACUUGGAAGGGGAAUCCAGAGUCUUUUUCAGUGGCUUUACUGUUGGAAGAAUCCAGCGUUGCAGUUGGGGAUUUCUCCUGAUGAUGGGGUCGACUCUACUUUUGAUGGCCACGGUUGUAUAGUCGUUUUUAUUUUUCACACUUGAAACCAGGAUCGCAAGUCGGUGUAGAAGAAUCAAACACUUUUAGCUGAGGUCGGAGAGUUGUUGUUUCUCUUUCUUUCUGGAAGAAAGUGUGUGAGUGUUGCGGAACGUAUCUUUCUCUCAUCUCCCCUUCCACGGGUUUGGUACACACCCUGGCGGCUUGCAGCCUGUUUGCAGCUCAGACAGAAGCACUGCUCUUUGCAUCCAUUGGGCUGUUUCGUCCAUGAGCACCCAAGAAAGAAGGUGCUUUCCAAAUCUCCCAGAUGACCAUCCACUGAAGACAGCCGAGAUGACCAGAGAAAAUGCGGCCCAGUGGUUUGGAAACCCAUUUGCUUCAGACAUUGAGCUGCAUUGCGCUGAUGGCCGCGUAUUUUUUCUACACAAAUGCUUUGUCACCGACUCCAGCGAUUUAUUGAAAUCUCUUCUGGAUGAUACUGAAGGACUUCCUGGCUAUACAGUUAAAGCGUCGGACAAAAUAUGCAGCCGUCGCUUGGAGCCUAUCUUCCGAUGGAUGUAUACUCAGCAAAAAGAUGCAAUCAAUGCUUCCAACUGCAUCAGCAUGAUCCGCGAGGCAAAAUACUUACAGAUGCACACAGAUUUUCUGGACAUGCUUCGGCAAACAUUUGUUGCCGCUUGGAAAACGACUCGAUGCAUGGACUUGCUUGAGUCUCUUCCAGAGCAAGCAGCAGACUUUUCAUCUCAGGAGUUCUUACAGCUCCUGGAUGACUGCGUUCUUCCACCUGAAGCACACGUGAGGCUGCUCUUCAAUUGGUCGAGGUGCAACAAGAUCUCCGGCGAAGAGUUGGCGCAGCUUCGACAACACACACGCGAGGCUGCUCCCCUUUGCGGUUUAGCCUUGCUUGAAGAGAUUUGCGAUCAAUCACCUGAAGAUUUCGAUAACCUUUUCUCAGCAUCUGCGCUGGUAGAACGCAAUCGAAAGCUGAAUAAAGAGGAGGGACGUUUCAAGGUAUCUUGCAGGAACUGCAAAAAAACACUUUGAGACAAAGAAGCAGGCUGAUGCAGAUCCAUGCUGGCUAAUUGUAUCGCUGCAUGGCAAUGACACAUUUGUGAGCAAAAAGGGAAACACCAUCUGUGCCAACUGCAAAAGAAGGGUCUUUGAUUCAGCGCCCACAUGUGUGAAGCGUGUGAAGCAAGUGCAUAGCUGGGAGGUGACAUGAAACAGAUAGAAUAUUUGACUUGGAAGACCAAAAGUGAGG